AAUGCUGAAUCAAGUUUUUUCUUGAACUUCAAGUUGAAGCCGUGAUAAUUCAGUUAUUUAUCGUGUAUACAACAUGACAACCUCAGUAGUUAAAAAGAAGGCAUCGGAUAUUACAGAAUGUCCAUACGGCGCGUGGUGUUACCGCAAGAAUCCCCAACAUUUCGCGGAGUUUUUGCAUCCGAAAAAAUCCAAAACAUCAGAUGAUUCGGAUAAUUCGGACGUCAGUGUCGAUGGGUCGUCUACACCAACAGCGACGGCACAACCUACUACAGACAGUAGCACUCUUCCAGUUUGUAAAUACGGAGCUAAAUGUUAUCGGAAAAACCUGAUGCAUUUUGCUGAAUUCUCUCAUCCAACAGCAGUCGUUGCCACCAUUAAUGACAACGGGGAUGACACAGAUGAAAUCACAGAUGAAGACGAAUCAAAUGGCAAGAAAAAGGAUGGUGUUAAGUCAGAAGAUAUCCUAAAACGAGGCAUGUCACUAGUAAAAAGCUACAGUAAGAUGACAGAAGAGGAACGUAAAGAACUGAUCAAGAAAGCAUUUGAAGCCAAACAGAAACUGCAAGAAGAACUUGAAGCAACAAAGAAAGAAGUGAAGAAGAAGGAGGAAGAAGUAAGCAGGCUGCAAAAAGAGGUUGCAGGUGGUCUUCUGCUAAUGGAAGGUGAAAAGGAAGCCUUGGAAGGGAAAGAGGUCAAGUACUUUGAUCUGUACCCAGAAAGGUCAUACAAGGAGGGAUCUGCAGCCCAGACCCACUUCCGUCUGGCAGAGUCUCAGUUUUAUAGGCUGCUAAAUACCGGAAUGACUAAAACCAAUUUAGUGAAAGUGGAAUAUGUCCUCAAUCCAGAUCUGGUGCAUCAUUUCAGGGAAUGUCGAGAAAGCUUAAAGAAAAAGCAUGGGGAGGAGUUUUCCUACCCUGUGUUGGCGUUUCACGGCACAAUGGAAACGAAUAUCAAGCCUAUAUGUGAGACUGGAUUCAAAAUACCCGGCGACAAUGGCCAUGCUCAUCGUACAGACACAGGCUGGUACGGAAAGGGUGUCUACUUCAGCGAAUACCCUGCCUACUCCAUGGGAUAUAUCCAGGGCGCUACCCAACUGCUACUCUGCCAAGUUCUACCCGGCAAAGUAUAA